AAGCAAAAAAAAAAUAGCAAUUCUUUAAUAGAUUGACAAAAGAUGGGUAAAAAGCCAUUUCUCGACAAGAAGUCAGCCAAGCAUUAUCAUGUUGUACACCGAUCGCAAAAGGAUCCUCUUAUUAAUGAUUCCGAAGCACCCAGUCGAGUUCUACAAGAAGUCUUGCCUCUUAAUCAAUUGAAGCAUAAAACACAAGAAGAAAUUGAUAGAGUAAAAACAAAACCACAAAAGUUGACCCAGGAUGAAAUAGACCAGCGUGUAGGUCAGGCAGCACUGCACGGUAUUUUCUUUGACGAUGCUGAAUACGAUUAUAUGCAACACUUGAAGCCUAUUGGAGCCACGGAUGCAGUAUUUUUGGAAGCACCUGCAAAGAAGGAGAAACCAAAGACAUUGGACGAAACAAACUUGUUCAAAGAAGAUGAAUAUAGACCCAAGAAGAAUCCUAACCUGAUCGAGUUACCUGCCGAUGUUUUGCCUUCAAGCGUUGAAAUGAGUGUAGGCGUUAUGAAUCAAUCAACAGGGCUCGAUCAAGGUUUACAGCCUGAUAUGGAUCCCAGAUUACGUGAAGUGCUUGAGGCUCUUUCAGAUGAAGAAUACAUCGAUGAAGAAUUAGAUGAUGAUUUCUUUAACAAUCUUAACGCUGAUGGUGAACCUUAUGAUCCAGCUGAAGAUGAAGAAGAGUAUGUCGAUUCUGAAGAAGAAUAUGAAUAUAAUGAACAGCCUGAGGAAGAUGGUGAUAACUAUGACUGGGAAGCAGCGUUCAAAAAGUUUAAAUUGAGUCAGGCUCGUAAAAGUGCUGAUAGUGACGAUGAGUUUGAUGAUGAUCGAUUUGAUGGACAAUCAAGAAUGACUGGAUAUUCCGUCUCUUCCUCAGCCAUGCAUCGUAAUACCCAAUUGCGUUUAUUAGACGAUCGAUUUGAAAAGAUUGAAGAAGAGUAUGCUGAUGAUGAUGAUGAAGAAGACGAAGAAGAAGUUCAGGGACAAGAGCGUGCCGAUUUUGAUGCCAUCUUGGAUGACUUUUUAGAAAAGUAUGAAAUUGUAGGAAGAAAGAUGCAACCCAAGCUAGAGGGUGAAUCUUCUGUAGAAAAGCUCGAUACAUACCGUCAAAGUUUGGUAAAACCAGAACUACAAACAGAUGAACAAACAAAGACCACUACCUUGGUAAGGGCUAAAUUGACAAGGGAGGCAUUAGAAGCUAUGCCUGAGAGACCGACAGAGAAGAAGAGAGCAGCAUGGGAUUGUCAGACUAUUCUUUCCACAUAUUCUAAUCUGGAAAACCAUCCUUCGUUGAUUACUGAUAGAGCACCUCAAAAGAAGAUUAGAAUUGAUCCCAAGACAGGCAUGCCGAUCUUGGUCGAAGUUAAACGUAAACAAAAAAAGGAUCAAAUUGAUGAAGAAGAGGAAGAAGAAGAGGAAGAAGAGGAAGAAGAGGAGGGCACACGUGAGAAUAAAGGAGCACCUAGAUCAAGAAAAGAAACCAAAGAAGAAAAGAAGGCACGGAAAAAUGCAGUUAAAGAGGCUAAAAAGAAUCGAAGAGAAGAGAAAAAGACAAACAAAUACAUCUUUAAAAACGAAGAAAAUAAACAGAAAAAGAGUCUUCAGCAACAACGCCAAGCGAAGGCGGCCACACAUAUUUUAUAA